GUCACUUCUUCGGGUAGCUCCCCAGCUCUGGAAAAUGAGCAUCUUCAAGGAAGCUGGAAGAUGUGCUUCACCAAAACAAGGGAGUAGUCAGUUGAAAACAUGGGAUACGGGACACAAGGAGAGCCAGUAAAGGAGAGUCGUGAAGGGGGUCUCCUUGAUGGUGAUGAAGGAAGAUCUCAGGAUGCCAGCAGUGCGCGCCAGGCAAACCAGCCCAGAUGUGAGCAGAGACCCCAGAAUCCAACAAUAGCGUGUAUACGUCCUUCAUGAAGUCUCAUCGCUGCUACGACCUGAUUCCCACAAGCUCCAAAUUGGUUGUGUUUGAUACUUCCCUGCAGGUGAAAAAAGCUUUCUUCGCAUUGGUUACUAACGGUGUACGAGCUGCCCCUUUGUGGGAUAGCAAGAAACAAAGUUUUGUGGGCAUGCUGACCAUCACUGAUUUCAUCAAUAUCCUACACCGCUACUAUAAAUCAGCCUUGGUACAGAUCUAUGAGCUGGAAGAACACAAGAUAGAGACUUGGAGAGAGGUGUACCUGCAGGACUCCUUUAAACCACUUGUCUGCAUUUCCCCUAAUGCCAGCUUGUUUGAUGCUGUCUCUUCAUUAAUUCGAAACAAGAUUCACAGGCUGCCAGUUAUUGACCCAGAAUCGGGCAACACCUUGUACAUCCUCACCCAUAAGCGCAUCCUCAAGUUCCUCAAAUUGUUUAUCACUGAGUUCCCCAAGCCAGAGUUCAUGUCCAAGUCUCUGGAAGAGCUGCAGAUUGGCACCUAUGCCAACAUUGCUGUGGUCCGCACUACUACCCCUGUCUACGUUGCUCUGGGUAUCUUUGUACAGCACCGAGUCUCCGCCCUGCCUGUGGUGGAUGAAAAAGGGCGCGUGGUGGACAUCUACUCCAAGUUUGAUGUUAUCAAUCUGGCAGCAGAAAAGACUUACAACAACCUAGAUGUGUCUGUGACCAAAGCCUUGCAACACAGGUCACAUUACUUUGAGGGCGUCCUCAAGUGCUACCUGCAUGAAACACUGGAGACCAUCAUCAACAGGCUGGUGGAGGCAGAGGUUCACCGACUUGUAGUGGUGGAUGAGAAUGAUGUGGUCAAGGGAAUUGUGUCGCUGUCAGACAUCCUGCAGGCUCUGGUGCUCAGAGGUGGAGAGAAGCCCUGAGCUAGGGGCGAGGGCCAGGCAGCACCAGGGGUUACGCCCGUUCACUGCCUGCACAAAGCUCUGGGAACCACAGACGAAACCUUGAGAAAAUUGUGACCCCCCUGACCUUCUACCCGGAAGCUGGGGAAGGUGUGGGGGAAGGAAGGUGAAUGGACUUGUAGCUGUCCCAUCCUCACACAUACACUUGAGGAAACCUUGCAACCUAGCCCAUCCUAACCCCUGACCUCUUAGACAUAGCCCUCAUUCCGGGUGAACUGUGGGCUCCCUGCCUCUUGGACAGAUUCUGAUCUCUGAGAGAUUUCAGGCCUCACCCAGCCUUUGCCUCUAUCUCCUUGACUCCCUCCACCCUAAGAUAAUAGCACAACUCUUCAUAAAAAUAUUUUUAUUCAUUCUGUUUCAUGCUGUAUGGAGGAGGCUGAGUCCAUUUAGUGACAUGUCUUCCAGUAAUGCAAACGGGAAGGACUGUGGGGAGGAAGACCUUUGGGUUCCUGCGCUAUAUUCCUGUGAAGGGAGGUGGGGUUAGAUGGGGGAGGAUGGUAGAGUGGUUAGCUGAAGCGAUUGCUUUUCAUGGCAAACCUAAUUAAAACGACGGGAACCUCUUCACAGUA